UUCUCUUGGCCCAAAAAUUUGAGACAUUGGUCCGAACAGAUAGUCGAUUUGAAAUUCCGGCUGCAAGACAUCUGGGAAUGGUGGUGUUACGUCUAAAAGGUGAUAACACACUUACUGAACGCCUAUUGAAACGCAUUAACUCUAGAGGACGUCUUCACUGUGUCCCGGCCUCUUUAAAAGAUCAAUACGUGAUCCGUUUCACGGUGACAUCCCAGAGGACCACUGAGGAGGACAUUGUUCGAGACUGGAAUGAAAUUCGUUCAACUGCCGGAGAAAUUUUGAAAGAAGUCAAUCAAGAAUUGACAAGGUCGCCUUCCAGGGUGAAAGUUCGUUUGGCUGAAACGAGAGAACGUAACGCGAAUUUCGGGUCCAGUCUGCUACUAGCCAACUCUCCUAUGUCUCCAAAAAUUGUUAAUGGCAGUUUUGUUGCUGUCUUUGAUAAUGGA